AUGAAAAUAUUAUUUAUUUCAUUAUUAUUAUAUCUAUUUGAAUAUAAUUAUGUUCAAUGCCAAACAUGUUCUAAAACACAACAAUGUACAAAUAAAGCUUGUUGUAGUAAAUAUGGUAAUUGUGGUUAUGGACCAGAUUUUUGUGGUCAAGGAUGUUUAUCAAAUUGUAAUGCAAAAGCUGAAUGUGGUCAAUAUGGUGUACAAAAAUUAUGUCCAUUAAAUGUUUGUUGUAGUCAAUAUGGAUUUUGUGGUACAACAUCAGAUUUUUGCGAUAUAUCUAAGAAAUGUCAAAAUAAUUGUGGUGAUAAAAAAUUACCAAAAUGUUCAAAUAAUCAAAAUAAUUUAAUUCAAGUUGGAUAUUAUGCAUCAUGGGCUGCUUAUCGUUCAUGUCAAUCAUAUAAAUCAAUUAAUAUUGAUCCACGUGAUUAUACACAUUUAAAUUAUGCAUUUGGUAAUAUAUCAAAUGGUAUUAUGGUAAAUCCAAACACAAAAGAAGAAGAAGAUAAUAUGCAACAAUUUGUUGCUUUAAAACAAAUUAAUUCAAAUUUAAAAGUUUUAAUAAGUGUUGGAGGUUGGGCAUUUAAUGAUCCAGGGCCAACAAGAACCGAAUUUCAUAAUAUUAUAUCAACUGAUGCUUCUCGAAAACGUUUUAUAACAUCAGUUUCUAAUUAUUUAAAAAAAUAUCAAUUUGAUGGUAUUGAUAUUGAUUAUGAGUAUCCAGCAGCUGAUGAUCGUGGUGGUUCACCAGAGGAUACAAAUAAUUAUGUUAAAUUAGUUAAAGAUAUGAGAGAUACAUUUGGUAAUAAUUAUUUAAUAACUAUUGCAGCACCAGCUAGUUAUUGGUAUUUAAGACAUUUUAAAAUUGGUGAAAUGUCAAAAUAUCUUGAUUUUAUUAAUGUUAUGACAUAUGAUAUACAUGGAGCAUGGGAUAGGGAUAUUGCAUCAUUAGGACCAUAUGUUAAAUCACACACAAAUAUUAAAGAAAUAACAGAUGUCUUAAAAUUAUUUUUAAGAGAUGGUGUAAAUACAAAUAAACUUGUUUUGGGUCUUGGUUAUUAUGGAAGAUCAUUUACAUUAGCUGAUCCAUCAUGUACAAAAGUUGGAUGUAAAUUUAAAGGUUCGAAUAAUACAAAUAGUAUAAUUAUUUAUUCCACUAUUUUUAUUUGUUUUAAAGAACCAGGAAAACCAGGUCCAUGUACAAAAACAGGAGGCGUACUUGCAUGGUUUGAAAUAGAAGAUAUUAUUAGUAAAAAUGAAUUAACUCCAACAUUCAAUCAAGAUUCAAUGUCAAAAAUAUUAGUUUGGGAUAAUGAUCAAUGGGUAGCAUAUGAUGAUGAAGAAACAUUAGCAAUGAGACGAAAAUAUGCAGCAGAAAAUUGUUUAAAAGGUAAAAUUAAAAAAAAAACAUUUCUAUAG